GAAUGAGUCGCAGUAGUAUCUCUUACACCGGAAUCUGGUCAUUGGGAUCGCAGAUACGCCGCAUCUGCUAAAAUACGCCUGAUCCAUUUAUGGGCCUUCUCGACCAGUUGUGGGACGACACCGUCGCUGGCCCUCGGCCGGAGAACGGUCUCAGCAAGCUUCGGAAGCAUAACACCUUCGCCGCCCGAUCUAACUCCGGCAAGGAAACGGAGGCGGGAAGCGUGAGAUCGUAUGGUGAGGAAUCGUCGGAACAAACGACGAGAGUAACACGUAGCAUCAUGAUCGUGAAACCGCCAGGGUACGAAAGUGGAUCGCCUCUGGCUUCUCCCGCCGGUUCUACCACUCCGGUGUCUCCGUUUUCCGGUAAGGAACUAGAGAUUCCUUUCGGUUUCGACGAAGGUCGGCAUCGGAUGCAUACGAGAAGAAAGGCCAAAACAAAUCAGGCCCUUCUUCUCCUUUCGAUGUGUGAGAAAUGAGCCACCACAUUUUCUCUUCUCUGGAAACUGAGGAUGUUCCCUUUUGGCCUUUGCUGUAAUAAUUUUUUGUUUAGUUUAUUUGUGUGCUUCUAUCGGUGUAAUGCAUUGGUUGAAUUGAAGUUUUGUGCUGCGGUUCACGUUAGGCAUGGCGCUUUGUUUGGUUUAUUUAGAUUUUUUUAAGUCUUAAUUAGGUGAGCCGUGUAAUAAGUUUUUUUUUUAAGGAGUGUAAUAAGUUCUAAGUAAAGAAGUCCAAAGGGUAGGAUAGCGGUGUAUCUUAUAGUAUGUAUGUGUAUAUAGAUCCUUCACUGUGCUGUUGUUUUUCAUGGUAUGUAAGUUUUCUCUUGCUGAAUAAUAACCUUUUUCUUGGUAA